AAAUUUAAGCUGCAAGAUGAGUUUUCUGAAACCCCAGACGCACAUAGAGAAGGGUGAUAUAGUCAUUUUGUACCUUAGUGUCAAUUCUAUGCACGCCAUUGAAGCUGUGCCCACGAUAUUAAAUAAAAAAGGCGAAACCAUACCACACAUCUUCCAGACACCCUACGGCUCCCUCAAAGUUGAAAGCAUUAUUGGCGUGAAGUAUGGCAGUCGGGUUGAACUUUCUAAGGGCUGGGCACAUGUUUUGCAACCAAAUCCGGAAUUGUGGACACAAACACUGCCACAUCGCACACAAAUCAUCUACACUCCCGACAUAAGUAUGAUACUGCAUCAACUAGAGGUGCGUCCUGGCGCUGUGGUGGUUGAGUCGGGUACUGGCUCGGGCUCAUUGUCGCAUUUUUUCUUGCGUGCUCUUAAACCGACUGGCCAUCUCCACACUUUUGAUUUUCAUGAUUUGCGUGCAACGCAGGCGCGCGACGAGUUUCGUAAGCAUGGUCUGGAGUCUUUCGUAACGGUCUACCAUAGGGAUGUGUGCAAUUUGGGCUUCACCAGCGAACUCGAUGGUAGAGCGGAUGCUGUGUUUUUGGAUCUACCAGCGCCGGAUUUGGCAGUGCCACAUGCAUUCAAGGCGUUGAAGUUGUCUGGCGGUCGCUUUUGCUCCUUCUCACCCUGCAUUGAGCAGUCGCAGCGUUGCAUAAAUGCGUUGUCUAAGCUGGGUUUCAACGAGAUCUGCUCCAUGGAGGUGCUGCAGCAGGAAAAUGUGGUGAAGACACGCACUGUGCCGGUCAUUGAUUUGGAAUUUCUGAAGCAACCCAAGAGCAGUAGCAGCGAGGCCACCAAAACACCCAAAGAGCUGAAAAAGUAUCUUACAUCCAGUAAUCCCCAAGUGCUUCCCGGUCACACGGGCUUUCUUACGUUCGCCACACUGCCGCCGAACAUUGCGAAAACAUGAUAACGCCACAUUUUUGUAUGUGUCCAAUAAAGUUUAAGUAUUUUA